CUUCACGGGGUAAAAAUCCCCAACAGCAGUUUACACUGUGAUUCACUGCACCUGCUCCUGCUCGUCCGAAAAAUAUCGCUUCUCCUUUUCUUUAUUCGUCGUUCAACUAGAAGGAACCUAAAAUAAACAAAAAUGGACGCGUAUCAACAGCCCCACCGGUAUAUGGGACCGCCGCCGCCGCCUCCACCUCAACAGCCACCACCCACGGCGGAUCAGCAUCUUCACCAUCAUUUCCUUUACCAACAGCAGCAGCAACCACCAAGACCGCCAGUCCAUCCACAUGGCAACCAAUGGUACUCCAAUCAAUUCCACUACCAACAUCCUUCAUCUCACUCUCCUUCUCCUCCUCCUCCUCCUCCCUCUCAGUGGGUUACCCCUCCCGCUUCUUCUUAUCCUCCUCCACCACCUCCUCCGCUUCCUUAUCCUGUGCAAUACCACAACAACAACUACGCUCUUCCUCCUCGUCCUCCCGCGCCUUCGCAGAUCUCUCAGUCUUAUCCUCAGCCCAAUCAGGAUUGGGGCAAUCCGAACUGGGGCCAUCACCAGCAAAGCUGGGAUUACAGCGCCCACAGUGGUGCACAAGAUUGGGCUGCCAAGGCUAAAGAAUGGGCCAAUGCAAGGGCUGCAAUGGAGAACCAGCAUUUCCACUCCCAGUUUACGCUUGUUUCCAGACCAGAAGAACAAAAUCAUUACCAUGAUCAGUAUCCGCAAUCUUCUUAUGUAGAUACCCAACAUCAUUCACUUCCUGCAUCUGGUUAUCAACAGUUUCCAGUUCCAGCUGCAUCUUUACAGCAGCCACCAGUUGCUUAUCAACUGGAGAAUGCAUCUAUAAGUUCUGCUCCAUCUUCAUAUACUCCUGAUGUGCAGUUACCCUAUGAUGGAUCUUCAGCUGUAGAACCAAAUGCUGGAUUUCCUCAUCAAGAAAAUUUACAUUCCAGUCCAUCUGUUCAUCAGCAGGAGGUACCUUGUAGUUAUUCUUCUGUUACAGUUAAAGAAGAGCCUGCAGAUCAAAAGGAACACUUGCAUAGAUCAUUUCCUAUGCCCAUAUCCUCUGCUCAGGAAGGGCAGCCCUUUGCUUUUGGGAAUCAAGCAGCUGAUCCAAUGGUGGAUCUUAGUGAUCAACCAUUAGAUUUUGCGUGUAGAUUUAACCAUGAUCGUGAUAUUCAUUUGCAGUCUAGUUAUGCUGCUCAUCAUGACUCAGUAGGAACACUAAGAGGUGCUGACCCUGUUGCAGCCCUGGCUUCUGUUAAUUCAUGGACUUCUCCAGUUGCAUCUGGUGUAGGUUUUCCUCCAAUUCCACCUGCUUAUCAGUCAGGGCCACAGCAUGAUCCUUCCUUGACCAUAUCUGCAGUUCCUGGGCCUGUUGCACCUCAAUUUGGAAGGUUUCCUGGUCCAGGAUUCCAGCCAGCAAUUCCAUCUACCAGUGCUUUUGGCCUUGGUGCAGGAGCUGCACUUCAUCCUUCAACAGCUUUCCCAGUGGAUGCGUAUGCGGUUUCUAGUGUUUCUGAACGCCCUAAAAAGGCUUCUGUGCCUAACUGGCUUAAAGAGGAAAUAAUUAAGAAUAAAGCUGCCAUCACAAAGUCAUCUAUCGAGAAUCCAAAAGAGGAAUCAGAAUCCAUCGAUGAUGAAUCUGCUCAUAGACCAUCUGGGAAAGGUGAUCAGGCAGAUAGCAAAAGCCUUGAUUCUUCUAAAUCAACAGAAGAGGAUGACGAUGAGGAUUAUGUGGAAGCAGCAAGAACUGCAGCAAUUAACCAGGAAAUUAAACGCAUCCUUACUGAAGUUCUUUUAAAGGUUACUGAUGAGCUCUUUGAUGAAAUUGCAACUAAAGUUCUUAUGGAAAAUGAUUUGACAGUUGAAGUCAAUCACAACAAUAUAUCAAAUCAUAAAGUCUCACAACCUCCUCCAGCUGUUCCAACUCCUAAGGCAUCUGCGAAGGUUCUAGUUUCAGUUAAAGCCAGGGAACCGGAGACUGAAGAAGCCAGUGAAAAUACUGGUUCCAGCUCCCCUGGAGAUGUUUUAGGUCUUGCAAAUUAUGCCUCUGAUGAUGAUGAUGCUGGAGAUGCUGAAAUUCACAGCAUGCCAAAGUCUAAAAAUAACGAUGUUCAUCAGUCAAGCAUAGAUAAGCUUCCAGAAGAGGUACAUAAUACAGCUGAAGAUAAUUCACCUGUGGGACUUGAGGUGCAUAAUCGAGGCCAGAGAAACUUGGAGUUUGAUCCCAGAAAAAGUAAUGCAUCUACAUCCAAAAAUAAUAACAGUGGUGCAAGAGAGAUAGAUAAUGAAAAUAGUGUUGAUAGCAAAAAAUUGCUGGAUGGAAAUAAUGGUUCUGGGUUGAAUAUGACAUCAAGAGAAAAGAUUGGAAUGAAAACGAAGCCUCAACUACCUGGUGCAGAUUUUGGUUCAAAAGAGUUAAUGAAUGAUAAUUCUCAACAUACUGAAAACAGAUUGAGAUCAGUUGAAAAUGAUCGGCCUGAUAGUAAAAAGAGUUCUAGAAAAGAUAGAGGUAAGGAAAUAGAGACUGGUGGUAGUGCAGGUGAGAAGGGAGAUGAAAAUCGUAGGAGGGAGGAUGAAAGACAUAUAAGAAAGGAAAAGACAGAUGAUCGGAAUGGUUCAAGAGAUAAAAGGAAAGAUUACAAUGUCAGGCCUGAGGAAAAAACUAAGGAAUCCAAGUCAAGAAAAAGAUCCACUGACGUUGAUGUCAAGGAGAAUAGAAGAGAUUUAGAGAAACAACAUAGAUCUAGUACCAAAGAAGUUAUUGAUAAAGAAUGUAAAUGGUCAAAGGAGGAGAAUUCAUCUAGAAAUAAACUUACUAGUGACUCAAGCAAAUGUAAGAGAAGGGGCUCCUCUUCAGUUAGCAGUAAGGGUAGAAACAGCAAUGACAGCUCAGUUGGCCAGGCCAAUGAGUCAAGUGAUGAUACAUCACAUGACUCUAAAAGGAAGCCACAUUCAAGAAAACGUAAUUUGUCUCCAUCGCCUGACAGGCCUAGGAGAAGACAAGUUAUGCGGUCACCACAUAGCAGGCCAUCUCAGCGCAGGCAUUCUCCUUAUUCUUCUCUUGAGACAACCAGGAGAAGAAGGUCAAGGUCCACAUCACCUGUGAGGAGGCAGAGAUGAUUAGAGGUUAUAUUUUUAGUGUUGAUCUGAUCUCUGAAGCACAGAGAAUUCUUGUCAGGUGUACCUGAAGAUUCGAUGUACCUGAAACCGGAGAUUUGGCUAAUACAUCUAUUUCAUGCUCAAUGAGUCCAAUGAGAAAUGAAUGCAUUAUUAAGGAAGUUUAAGUCCCGUAUAAUUUGGAUGGUUCUCUAGAUGAUAAUGCAUAUAUGCUUGUAUUAUUUCUUGCUGAGUUUUAAUAGAGAUUUGUAUCUCAGUUUUUGGCUUAAGCUUGGCACAUUUUUUUAGGUUAACCUGUAUUUCAGUAGCAAAUGUAUAGUUCUUGAUAUAAAGCUAGUCCAGCAUUUUAGUGUAAAGAUGUGAAUCAUAACAGCAGAUUCUCCGAUGUUUCUCCGUAUCCGUAGAUUUGCUGCUGGCUGGCCAAUUCUGCGCAGAAUAACACUAGGAGUGCUGGUUCAAAACCUUUCUCAUAUUGAAAGGUAUUCAUUGCCUAAUCGUGUGAUAAUCUUUCAAUGCUGUAGCUGUUUUAAUCAUGGGUCUACUGAUAUCAGAUUAGCUUGGAGCCUUUCUAUUUUUUUUUUUUUAAUUGGUAGAAGCAAAGAUGUAUGGGUGGAUCCUAUUUGAAUUGGUUAGGUUCGAAUUCAUGGAUUGGUUUGAAUGAGUUUAUCUUGAGUUGGAUCUCUAAUUUGAUAGUUCGGAUAAA